AUGCUCGACUAUUCGUCCAAUUCGACAUGCUAUCACUCAAGGGAUCUGUGGUCCAACAUUCCCUUUGAGACAUAUUCCGAUGCGAAACUCGCUGCUCUCGUCCUUGACAACAUGGAGGACUUUUCCGUGCGUCUGUUCCAGCAAGUCAUUAAUGUUAUAACAGAUCCACAAUUCAAACCGAGCGAACUCACAUUCAAAAAUAUCUGGGGCAUAUUUGAUAGUGUCUCGGCUCACCGUAAAAGCUCGGUGUUAGAUCGUUCUGUGGCAAAGCCACACAAGGUCGAAAUGACAUCAGGCGUUGUUCCACCUGUUGUUUUAGGUCUCGUCGUCGAUGAAAUCGCGCAGCAGAAUACACCGUUUGCCAUGUUAGCCGAGAAGAAGUGCUGGGACGAAGCAUUUGCGCGUAACAGAACCGACUUGUUUAAUAUGAGUCUCGUCCAUCGAUCCUGGACAGAAUUUGCAUAUAACGGAAAGCGUCGUCGUGCAAUCAUUCCGUACCAACAGAUCAACCGAUUUCUCCUGAGUCCUUUCUGUGGGCCAUGGGUCAAGGAAAUGAUCAUUUACUGGAUGCCCGAUGAUCAUGAUGUUGUCAGCCUUAGUGACCUUGAACUGUUAGAGAACCUCCUUGCGCGUACCCCGAACGUUCAUACUCUAGCAUUCAAUACGACACUUUCGUCGUGCCGUCUACACCGUACAAGUCUAGAGGUGCACGAUUGCCUCGAUACCAUAGCACAUGCGUUGUCAGACCUUCGUCAUGUUUGGCUGAACCAUUUCCAAUGCGAAUGUGGUCAUGUGCCUGAGUGCGGUUCGGAAUUUGUACCCUGCUACGAGUUGGAAUCGUUAUACGGUCUGAUCCCCAAAAUGCGUACUUUGGAGCCCUUGUCCAUGAAAGGUUAG